GAGCUAAAGGAGGGAAAACAAUGAAGCAGCACAAGAAGAAUCUGGCUUCUUCCCAGAGCCUAGGCGCAUUCCCCAUCCCCAGCCAGGCGGCGGCGAGAAGUUAUUACCAGGACGGCAGCAACAAAGGGUGGUGCUCGGAGCGGGUGCCGCCGCAUCCCUCCUCGUCGGCGACCACCCGACAGCUGGGGGUUACUGGGUUGACCCCGUUUUACAGCGGGAGGGCGGUGCCGUCCAAAUGGGAAGACGCCGAGCGGUGGGUCUGCAGCCCGGUGAUGGGGUACGGCCCGGGGAAUGAGCCUCAGUCUCAGUUUCAGAAGCGACCCAAGUCCAAGAGUGGGCCAAUUGUGGCCCCUGGUGUGGUGCAUUACUCCAACUGUUCGCCUGCACUCCAGGUGCUCGACGCUGGGCCUCUGAGGAACUUGGUGGUCAAUUCCCCCUUUUCCACUGGGGUCUUGAUGCCUAAUGGUGUCGGCUUGCAUUAUGGGGCUGGUGGGGGGAGGAAUCAUGGUGGUGGGAGAGGCAAUGUCUCGAAGUCGGGUAGUGUCCCUGUUUGGUCAGAUUUAGUUAGUGAUUCUUCCUUGCCUAGCUCCCCGGGAGUACAUUUUGUUGACCCAGAUGGGAGAGUAGACGAAGAUAUGAUCAAUGAAGAAAAUACGGUUAGUCGUGUCGUUUCAAGAAGGGAUAUGGCAACUCAAAUGAGCCCAGACAGCAAAAGCAACCACUCGUCUCCAAGGAGGUCAUCUACCGUUGCUCUGGUGGAUUCAGGGAGUAGAGAACAUCCUUCCAAAAUGGAAAUCAGGGAGGUUCAGGUUGAUAAGAAGGCGACUGUAAAAAGUUGGUCCACGAACCAUUCUUCUUCUUCUAUUGUCAAGAAAAGAUUGCCGCAUCCCGAAGACUUCCAUCAAAAUGUAAUGGCUCUCACUAACAGUUCUAGGGAUAUCACAGAGGCAGUUUCAGACUUCUCAAAGGUCCAAAGAGAGGAAGCCAAAAUCACUGCAUGGGAGAACUUGCAGAAGGCAAAAGCCGAAGCUGAGAUGCGAAAGCUCGAGAUGAAACUCGAGAGAAAGAGAUCAUCAUCAAUGGACAAGAUCUUGACGAAGCUGACAACAGCACAACUUAAGGCUCAGCAAAUGAGAAGCUCAAUGCCUAGCGUUCAGGAGCAACAAAUCCCCACAAGAUCUCAGAAAUCCAAAUCUACAUAUAAGCACAAGCGGUUUGGUUCCAUGAGAAGCUGCUUCAACUGCCAUGUUCUCUAAUCUCUUCUUCGCUUAAGCCAAGAAAAUGUUCCGAUGUAGCAAGUAUUAAUACACAGCGGUAUGACCAUUAUGUACACUGCUAGGAAGAUAAUAACAACAAAUGAUUCUCAGAACUUGGUCAUAGAGUACCGAUGAAGCUUUCUUCAUGUCGCAUAAUUGGUGCAAAAAGACAUCAGAGCUUACAGCAACGUUACAAUACAGGCAAUCUAAUCAA